AUGGCAGUUUUGGUGAAAACUUGUUGCUGUGGCUGCAGCCUCCGUAAAGAUGUUCUUAUUCUCGGAAUCUUAGGCCUGGUAAGUUGCAGCAGUUAUCAAUCGUAUAAAUAUCUGAAAUAUCCUUCUGCUUUUCACACCCUCGUAGUGAUAGUACCUGGUUUAACGAUUUUCACUAUUUCGUACAAAUCGCGAACUUUAAGUUCUGGGAAAAGCAUGCUCAGAGCAAAGAUUAGCCACGCGGAAUUUUAUUACGUCGCGUUGAAUAAUUACACGAAUAUUACUGCAUAAUUUUUAAAAUGUUUUUUUCUGCUCAAUAACGGCUAUAUUUUUACCAGUAAAAUGUCGUAGAAAAUAAUUUGUCAACGUCAACGCAGAGACAUAUGCGCAUUCUGAAAUUUUAGGACAAAUGAACAAUUCAGUACAAACUUUUCAGUAUUCGGUCAAAAACGGGCAUUCAAGAAUAAAUUGUUUCACGGAAAAAUUAGAUGUUGCAGCUGCAACUAAUACUUUGAAGUAAAGAAAUGAUCCUCGUUGUUGACCUACUGAUAAAGAAAAGAAGCUGGGGAAACUUCAGACUUCAACAGCAUUCGAAGGUUUACCUCUCAGAUACAAGUCAUUCGCCGCCAUCAAUUGAGUUACGAAUCUUCAUGAAUGGAGCGAGACGAAUUCCAUCGGGUUCUUCGUUCCUUUAAAGGAAUCUGAUUUUACAAUAGAAAUCAUAUUUUGAUCUUGGGAUGAUAUUAAAGUAAAGACUCGAUCAAUGCAGGUGAACUGUUACUAAAGAAACUGAAGUACGGAAGACCUCGUGGCUGGUGUGACGCGGCCUUUCGUUUCGGCCAAUAGACUAUCGGAUAACUUUAGGAAUUUUUGAAGCUAACUCGUAACUCGUUGCACUUCGCGCUCACAGUUCGAGAAUUCAAGAUGUUCCUCUAUAACAGAAGGAUUUUCAACCGCAGUUUUACUAGUUACAAUUUUUUCAAAAAUCAUAAGAGAAGAAGCCGGAAAAAUGAAACCACACACGAUUCGAACGCAGCACUUUCAGCUGGGCCCCCCUUCAACUGUGCAAUGAAAUAGCAUAUUCUGGAAGUGUAAUCAUAGAGAAUAACACAUAGGCGCGCUUAGAUACGGAAUUUCUCUUUAAGUGUGCAAUUCGAUAGCUCACGAGUGAGAUAUCGAGUUGAACACUCAAAAAAAGAAACUCCAUAUCUACAAGCAACCAUGUAUUGUUUACUUUAUUAUAUAAACACAAUAGCCCUUCACUGACAAGAAAAGUCGACUUAAUUAAUUAGCGAAUCGACAAUUCCUGACUAAAAGUUGUAAAGUGAGUUUGCGCUUAGGCUGAAGAUGAAAAAUGCUUUGAGUCAGUAUAAAAACAACAAUGGGCCUAGUUUUAAUACACAAAAUUCUCAGUUACCGACUUUGUCCUUAGCGACAGAAGAAAUCUUUCAGGUACUACAUCGAUGUUGAGGGUUCGAAUUGAUCGGCACACAAAUAUGUGCAUUCCAACUCGUCACAAAUGACUCAAGUUAGUUUGAAAUUCAAACCUUCGUAUGUUUUUCUGGUUAAUUCAAAAGAGAGCAAUCUAUAUUAGCUGUGUUAUAUCAAAUCUGAUCUGUAGUCGCGUUUCUUUUUAUAUUUCAGAUUGCAUCAGCUUAUUCAAUUUAUCAACACAGUCAGUCCAUCAAAGUUUACUUGAAACAUCUAGAGGAGAACGGUGACGAAAUCAGCCAAGAUUUACAUUUCAGCAAAAAGCAUUUCCUGGGUAUUAAAGUGUACUUUUGUCUUGUUCCGUAAAAUCUGUUAAAAAGAACACAUGUUUGGCUAGGAUGAAAAUAUUUCCAUUUGUAGGAUCAUACGUAAAAUUGUGUGGGGUUUCUUUAUAAUUAGUGACGCCAAUAUAUAUUUUACAUAGUUGUUAACACUAAAUUACCUGCUAUAUUUUACAUUGGUUCGUGAUCUUGUGUGAAAAUGAAAGUUCCACAAAUAAUUUUUAGAAAUGUUUAAACCUUUUUCUGCAAAAUGAACCUUCCCAGUCAGACAAGGUUCUCUCGCAUUUUCUGAUUAUAUUUUCACUGAUUAAUUGAUUGAUGCACUUUUUUUUAAUGAUUAUCUCUAAAUAAAGCGAUCAUCAGAUUGGCUUAUGUUUCCCUGGUAUUCGGAGUCAUCUCACUGUUGGUGAACCUGUUGUUUCUGGGAUCCUGUUGCUCAGUAAGUCCAACGCACUAAUUCUAAGCACGUAACUUUGGCGUGUAACUGAAAAGAAUUUGAGAAGAUUAAAGAUUAUGAUAAAAUUUAUCUCAGAGGUACACAAUAAUUCUUCUUCUAGAAAUUUAAAACUAGCCGGUACAGUAGGCAAUGAAAACGGCUUUUCUAAGUCAAAAGUCAUUAAUUAAGGUUUUGUUUCGCUGAAUAGUUUUUGUAGGUUUGUUUGUUUUUUCUUUCAUUUUUAUGCAUUAGAUAAACGAUAGUCUCUAUUUGGCGCAAAAAUAUGCACGGAUACUCGGCAGUAAACAUGAUCUCUUCCGUGAGGGAAACCGUGAGCCUCGAGGAGCAGAUAAUACCAAGGAUAUGUAUACGAGCAGCGGAGGUCGUUGUGUUUAUUAUCUUUAAAAUAAUUUUUGCAACUUUCAACGCGCGAAAAAAUGUUUUCGAACAACUGGCUAUUUGCCGCGUGAAAUGUUCACUUUCAGUGCUCUUUGGUACGACUUUAUGAACAAACAAACCUCUCGUCUUGUAACAAUACCUAAACACCUUUUUCGUCUUGAAUUUGAUUGUGAAUAAACGCCUUCAUAGUCGUUGAUGUAUGGUUUGAAAAAUGGGGAGUAUUACAAUCAUAUGAUGUGUUUAGACCAAUCGCGCGUCAGAAAAGCUUUGAUAGUAGUGUAUUCGAAUGAUUAUCUUACAUUAAUUCAAUGCUUAAAAAAAAAAUGAAAAAAAUGCUUAUGUGACAGUAAAACACAAAUCGUCAAAUUUGCGGUUUUCGCUUUAAAUUACCGAUUUUUCGUUUUGACUCGACCCAAACAGUCGCAGCUUGGAGCGCUGACUUUUAUUCAUUUAUUUAUUUGUAAGUUUACGUCACUGGUCAUUGUUCUUUUUCGUCGCAGGGUGACAAACAUUUGGUAUUUCCUUGGCUUGGGUGGAGCAUCUUCGAGCUCUUUUUCAGUUUUGGAGUGAUAAUAUUUUACAUUGCCAUCUGGAUUGGGGUAAAUUGAAACAACCUUUUCUUUUGUAUAAAGUAUUAGUAGAGAGCUUUUCAACAAACUUAACAUGAUUUCUGUUUCCUUCUAUGUUACAGUUUUCCGUGUUUUCAAUUAUUGACAUCACUGUAUGGUUGCUGUCGGAUUAGGGCUGGAAUGAGGUACGAUAGUGCGACCAGAAUGUCUCACUUACGAUCUGCAAUAAUUUCCCAUCUGAGCCCCAAACAUCAGUUCUUUUCCCUAAAGGUAUUAUUUAAUAAAUAACGAACAGCAUUUCCAUCUCAGCGUAUCCAGACUGAUAGUUCGACUUGAGAAUUCUUUUAUCUGAACGACUACCUUUCCUGCGAAGUAAUUUUUUAGCUGUGGAGUGGCUAGGUUCAAACUGCUCACUUCUACUCUGCCUCUCAGUUAACCUUGGGCUGCGCUUUCUGAAUGGUCAACUGGUUUGCCUGCGAGCGACUGAGACUUUUUUCAACAAUUAACGAUCCAUUUCAAGAGAUUAUAAACUAUUUUCUCUCAUCCACUUAUUCUACUUGGGAAUGAAAUUUAAGUAACCCAACGACCACAUUGUAACCUGCAAGAAAGAAACAAAGCCAACUAGAGUCAGUCAGCAAGGCGAGCACGCGAAAGGUCUAUUAGAGUACUGUUCGGGAACCUCUCUCACGUGCGCUCACAUUGAUAUCGCUCGCUGGCUCGAAAGGUGCAGUCCUCGCCUCUCGCGUCACACUGCCAAUGAGAGCAUGCUCGCAGGCUAACCACAUAGUAUACAUAUAUCAAAAUAAUUUUUUACAUUUGUACAAGGAUAAGAUAAAGCAAGCCCAUUUGUAAUGAUUUAUUGAAGAAGUUUUUUUUUUCUCUUUCUUUCUUUCUUUCUUUCUUUUACUUUUUUUUAUCAUUUCACAAGCUGGAAUGAGACCCCCUCCAUACGCAGUAUUCCAUAAGGGCACUGUGUAAACUCAACAGAACAUUGUGACUGUCCCAAGUGAUUACUGAUCAUCGUUUUAAUUUGAAAUUUUUAGAAAGGCUAACUAGUUUGAACUGAGUUUAACUGUGGAGAAUAUUUCUCUCUGAUUGAUUGCGAGUAGGAUUAAGAGAGCGGUAAUUAUUUAACGUCUGGGGUGGGUCGGAGGACUCUGCACUAUUCUGAUGACAACCCCCCUCCCCCCACUCGUUGCAGUAAAUUUUUUAUCGUCACCCCCGCUGUGUUGGCGACGAAUAAUACCCAAUCUGUUCCCCUUGAAAAAUUGUGAUCCCCUAGAAAAAAAAACUCUACCCACUCCCUCCCCAUGAGUAUACGAGGAUAAACAAUGACUGAUCCCUUACGGUUCUAGGGAAAAUUUAUAUCUGAGGAGUUCACACUAAAAUGUAUUUUGAAAGGAAUUUCUAACCAAAAUAUAUAUAACGUCAUAUGAAUUUUAAGGUGAUUGUGGGAUAGUUCAGCCUUUGAAGAGAAGUAAUAUGGAACAGUUAUUUUGGAUUUUCAUCGCUGUUAUAAGAUAACUGAAGUUAAAGGGUUAAAAUAUCCAAAGUAAUUCGAAAAACUAGCUUCUUCGAAGCUUAAAAGGAUAACGCAGAUGUAUAUUGUAAAAGUAAAAUGGCGGAGACGUUUUGCAUUAUGGUACAAGGGUUAACUUUUGUUAAGAGCCCUACAACAAUCUGCUUUUUGGUAAACUCGUUGACUUUUACAUAUUGCUAAAAAAAAAAAAAAAAAUUAAAAAAAGGCUCAGAAAAAAAACUGCUUUUGAUAUUACCAUUUAUUUUUUUCUCUGAGGGCACGGGAACGAAUGUUACGAUCUGAUUGGUUUUUAGCACGGCCCGUAUUUUCCUAUCUCUGCCACUGGCAACGGUAACGCCUUCGUGAGUCGCUGAGUACAUUCCUACCUUCGUUGCCAUUUUCAUAAACAUAUCUCAUUUUUCUAGUAUUUUUAAGCAAAGAAGUCGGUCAGAAGCUCAAGCCGAUAAUUAACUAAUUAGUCCUCUCUUUCCUCUCUCUUAAAUCACUUUGGUUGACAGAAAAAUAUUGGUUUCAGAAUGAAUUAGUAUAAGCAAAAGUCUCAUAAAAUUGGUUAACAAGCGGCCUGGAAGUUAAAGCUAAAAUGUGAGGUAUUUGGUUACUAUUGAAUUAAUCGAUAAAAUGAUUUGUUCGUAGUAAAAGGGGAGCAAAGUUUUAAGUUCUUCUACAAAGAUGCUUUCGGUGAGUCUUUGCAAUUCCGUUCAAUUUAGACAUUUGUACCGUAAAUUACUCCACAGAAACCGAAGGAAUUAAAUGAGAAAAAGCCGCUAAAAAUCCCCUUGUGUCUGGUUGAAGUACCUCAUUUGAAUUUGGUUCUUGGGGAAGAAAGACCAGAUUUACACACGUCAUUGCAGUAAACAAACUCUCACAACUUUGAAAAAUUUGAAUUACUGACAAUUACUUUCCUUGCCAUUAACUUACUGAGGUUUUAAACAAUCUGUCACAAUCUGAUUCCUGUUAAUUAGAGAGCGGCUCAGGAAAAAAAAAAAAAAAAAAAAAAACGGAACCAGUUUCACAAGGACUGUCACGACUAUAUUUUCGUCAAAAACAGUCAAUUAUCUCACGGAAAGUGUCAUUCACUCUCAUCGACGAUUAAAUAACGGAUAAUGUACGAAGAUUUACCUCGAUUCAGUAAGUAAAUGGCAAGGGAAGUAAUUGUACGUAAAUUCAAAUGUUUUUCAUUUUGAAGUUGUGAGAGUUUACUCAUUUGUUUAGAUUGUUCCAAAGUUUGUUAAAGAUAUAUAUGUGUAUAUUUAGGAAGUCUGCAAGUCGAUUUUCGCGUGGAACAGUGCUCAAUACGUUGAAGCAGAGCAGAAUAAAUAUUAUGAAUUAUAAAUAUUAUAUAUUAUUUAAUUUAAACCCCUGAAGAUUGAAGCGAUUCACGAAACAGGCUUGUCGGGAAAUGUAGUUGCGUCCUUUUUUCCUCUCAUAAUAUUUAUGUAUAUAUAUAUAUAUAUAUAUAUAUAUAUAUAUAUAUAGUUGUGAAUGUACAGCCUGUUUUCAUACUUGUAAACGUGUCAACUAAACAAAUUACGACGUCUAAAAAUACACCUCCUCAAAGGAAUGAAGUCGUCAGCGGAGAUGGAAAUUGUUUUCACCGAGCUCUUGCUCUUUUGAAUGAUGAAAUAGGCCAUGAAAAAUACGAGGAUAUCCCUAGGUCAAGUGAUAGUUUGCUUGAGAAAAAUCCAAAGGUUUUUGUGCUGCUGCUUUUCUCAUCGAACUCCCUACGGAAGAAAGGAAAUAUCACGGAAAACCCGGCAGAAAACGUGGGCAAAUAUAUUGAAAUUAGAACAUCGGUUCUUUAGCAACCCAUUUGUACCUACGCAUCCAUGCAAAAGAAAGGGUUCAGUUUUGCGCCGAUUAUUAACGCUGUUUCGUUCCUACUUACCACAAAAAAGAAGCAAUCUAGGUGUUAAAUCACUUAAAUGAAUUACAACAACAUUAAGUGCCCAUGUACACUAUUUUAAUCUCCUGUUACCUUGAGGUAACUUUUGUGGCGCUCUUUUAAAUUACCAAGCCGAGAAAUAAAAUCCAGGAGUAUAUUCAACACACUUGAAUAAACAGAAGAGGCUUUACUAGGUUAUUUCUUGGCAAUUUCUAGCUAAUAUUUCUUAGUUUAGGGACCAUCAGGCGACGUCAAUUUCACAGUAAACUUUUCGCGCCUAGAAAAGUUAAUCGGUAGAUUUUAGGACAUAUUUCAUGGUUGUUCAAACAAAAACUUACGCUUCCCUCGUAUCGCAAUGAUCUUAAUCCAUGCGUGAUAAAACAGCGGCGGAAAAAAGGUUUUUUUUUAGACGACGAAAUAACCUCUCGCUAUCCAUUUCUUUCUGACGACUUGCAAUGUUUGCCCUGUGCCGGUCCAGUCUGUGCAACAUUUUGGAGUCUUGGAGAGUUUCCAAAGGCUUUCAAUAGUUAUUCAGCAAUUAAGGUUACAAGCUUUCAUUAUUUGUAGCCAGGUGUUACGAGUGUCAGUGUAGAGCAGGGUUGCUCCCAGACAAAUCUCAGGAUCGUCGGUAACAGCGAUAAACUGAUUUACUUCUCGACUUCUUGAUUUUACUUCGCGACUUUACAGCACAAAGCUUCACACUUCUCUCUCUCUCUUUUUUUUUUUUUGAUGAAACUAACGCUCUUAUAUACAUUAAGUCCAAGGGUUUAGAAAAUUCUCUAAAGAACUAAAUUAAGAAUUUAACUAAGAUUAACACCUUUUCUAAAUCUGAGUAAUUACAUAAGAAAUAGAACGUUCCAGAGUAUUCUUAUAUAAGAACGUCACGGCUGGAUGACUUCGGGUUUUAGAGUGAAGAAAUGUAAAAUGGUUUCCGUGUUUACAUAGCCUGAUGUAAACACUUGGGAGGUUGGUAGAACACUCGAUAAGCUGGAAACCACUCCGCUUCGUGUCGUGGUUUCCUACGCUUAUCUCGUUAUCUCGUUUACAUAGCCUGAUGUAAACAUUGGGAGGUUGGGAGAACACGAGAUAAGCGUAGGAAACGACGACGCGAGGUGGAGUGGUUUCUAGCUUAUCGACCAUUUUACAAACCAUUUUACAUAUCUUUUAAUAAAUUACCAAUGAAAGAGGAACGAAAACCGUGUUUACAUACGCUCAUGUAAAGUGGUUUUAUGGCCAAUCAGAGCGCGCGUACUAUUUGAAUUAUUUUAUAGUGAAAAAAUGUAAAAUGGUUUCCGUGUUUACAUAGCCUGAUGUAAACACCUGGGAAGUUGGGAGAACACGAGAUAAGCGUAAGAAACCACGACACGAAGCGGACAACUUUUUGCGGUGGCUCCAGGCUCCGUGCAGGUGUUAUAAUUCUCGGAAUCUUGGGCCUUUUAAGUUCCAGCAGUUAUUAAUCGUAUAACCACCGGAGAUAUCAACAAACACUUUUAAAAAAUGUGUAAAACCUUUUUGAUUAUCUUUUGACUGAUUAAUUGAUUGAUUAUGUUUUUUUAAUAAUCAUCUCUAAAUAAAGCAAUGGUCAGAUUGGCUUACGUUUCUCUUGCAUUCGGAGGCAUCUCAUUGUUGGUGAACCUGUUGCUUCUGUUAUCCAGCUCAGUAAGUCCAACACAUUAAUUCUAAGAACGUAAUUUUAGCAUGUAACUGAAAAAUGAUUCAAGAAGAUAAGAUAUUAUGACGAAAUUUGUCUGAGAGGUUCGUAAUUAAUUCUUCUCUUAGAAAUUUAAAACUAUUCGGUAGCUUAUUCAACGAAAACGGCUUUUCUAAGUCACAAUUUCAUGAAUUAAUUUUGCUUUGAUAGUAGUGAGUUCCAACGAUUAUCUCACAUUAAUUCAACACUUUAAACACAUUAAACUAUUUUAAUUAUUUUGUCCGUGUUUACAUAGCCUGACGUAAACACCUGGGAGGUUAGGAGAACACGAGAUAAGCGUAGGAAACCACGACGCGAAGCGGAGUGGUUUCCAGCUUAUCGAGUUGAAUUAUUUUAUAAUGUUCUAUAAAAUGUUCUGGGAGUUGACUUAGACAGUUUUUCGCAACACCAGGCUUAACUGGUGUGUGAGAAUAGGAAAAUUUUUUUACGGUAGAAAAAUUCAGGUUCAACUUUCUCUUGUGUCAUUCAAAACAAUGGCUUGUAUUGCGGAACAAACGGAGAGUGAUCGCAAUUUUUUUUUUACUUUCUCUUUCGCCAGACGCUAUUUGAUACAAAGCGCUUUGUCGAGCUUUGAUUAGCAUAUCAAUGAAGAAGACAUGAACUUUGCAUACGCACGUGAAGUAAAAUAACUUAAUUAUUGAAUGAAAUCAAUAGUAACAUUAAACAGGGUAAAAUCUCAAAAGUAACAGGUUAAAAAGCAUCCAGCAGCUAAGCUUGAAUCAGUUCACUUGAGCUUGAGGUUCAGUAGAGCAACUUCGACUAAUCAUCUUCGAUGGCAGUUUUGGUGACAACUUGUUGCUGUGACUCCAGCCUCCGUGCAGGUGUUACGAUUCUCGGAAUCUUUGGCCUGGUAAGUUGCAGCAGUUAUUAAUCCUAUAACAACCGGAAAUAUCCUUCUGCUUUUCAUAUCUUAGUAAUGGUAGUUCCGUACAAAUCGCGAACUUUAAGUUCCGGGAAAAGUAUACCUACAGCAAAGAUUAAACACGUGGAAUUUUGUUGCGUCGCGUUGAAUAAUUACACGAAUAUUAGUGAAUGAUUUCCAAAACGUUUUUCUCUAGUCAAUAACGACUAUAUUGUUACCAGUAAAAUGUCGUGGAAAAUAAUUUGUCAACGUCAACGCAGAGACAUAUGCGCAUUCUGAAAUUUCAGGACGACUGAGCAACUCAGUGCAAACUUCAUAACUUUCAUUCGGUCAAAAACGGGCAUUGUAGAAGAAAUUGUUUCACGGUAAAAUUAGAUGUUGCAGCUGCAACUAAUACUUUGAAGCAAAGAAAUGAUCCUCUCUGGUGACUUGCUGAUAAAGAAAUCGCAGACUGAGAAAAGACGCUGGAAAAGCUUCAGGCUUCAACAGCAUUCGAAGGGGUACCUCUCAGAUACUAGUCAUUCGAUGUUAUCAACAGAGCUACGAAGUCUCAUGACUGAAGCGAGGCAAAUUCUAUCGGGUUCUUCGUUCCUUUAAAGGAAUCUGAUUUUUUUAUAGAAAUGUAAUUUGAUCUGGAGAUGAUAUUGAAGUAAAGACUCGAUCAGUGUAGGUGAGCUGUUACUAAAGAAACCGAAGCAUUCUGUAUUUGCUUUGGUAUAUCAAAUCUGAUCUGUAGUUGCGUUCCUUCUUUUUCAGAUUGCAUCAUCUUAUUCAAUUUAUUACCACAAUCAGUUAAUCAAAGUUUACAAGCAUGUAGAGGAGAACCCUGACAAAAUCAGCCAAGAUUUACCUUUCAGCAAAAAAUAUUUACCGGGUAUUACAGUUUACUUUUGUCUUGUUCCGUAAAAUCCGUUGGGAAAAACACGUGGUUAGGACGAAAAUAUUUCAUUUGUGAGAUCAUUUCUUGAAUUUUGUGAGUUUUUUAAUGACUUAAAUAUGCAUUUUACAUUGGUUCGUGAUCUUGUGUGAAAAUGAAAUUUCAACAAACACUUUUAAAAAAUGUGUAAAACCUUUUUCUGCAAAAACGUACCGUAUCAGUCAAGACUGUCUCUCAUUUUUUGAUUAUCUUUUGACUGAUUAAUUGAUUAAUUAUGUUUUUUUUUAAUGAUCAUCUCUAAAUAAAGCGAUGGUCAGUUUGGUUUACGUUUCUCUUGCAUUCGGAGUCAUCUCACUGUUGGUGAACCUGUUGCUUCUGUUAUCCAGCUCAGUAAGUCCAUUACAUUAAUUCUAAGAACGUAAUUUUAGCAUGUAACUGAAAAAUAAUUCAAGAAGAUAAGAUAUUAUGACGAAAUUUGUCUGAGAGGUUCGUAAUUAUUUCUUCUCUUCGAAAUUUAAAACUAUUCGGUGGCUUAUUCAACGAAAACGGCUUUUCUAAGUCACAAUUUCAUGAAUUAAUUUUGCUUUGAUAGUAGUGAGUUCAAACGAUUAUCUCACAUUAAUAAAACACUUUAAACACAAAAUGCAAAACACAAAUCGCCAAAUUGGCAGAUUUCGCUUCAAGUUCAAUCGCCAAUUUUUGUUUUUGACUUGACCCAAACAGUCGCAGCAUGGAGCGCUGACUUAUACUUACUUAUUUGUAAGUUUACGUCACUGGUCAUCGUUCUUUUUUGUCGCAGGGUGACAGGUGUUUGGCAUUUCCUUGGCUUGGGUGGAACAUCUGCGAGCUCUUUUGCAGUUUUGUAGUGUUCAUAUUUUACAUUUCCAUCUGGAAUAGGGUAAAUUGAAACAACCUUUUCCUUUUUUUAUGAAUUACUGAUAGAGAGUUUUCAACGAACUUGACAUGAUGUCUGUUUCCUUCUAUGUUACAGUAUGACAUCUUCCUAGUUAUUUACGGCAUUGCAUGGUUGCUGUGGGUAUGUUCUAUUUCAGUCUUAGAUCAAUUUCUUUUUGAGAGUGGAAAAAAAAACUGAAUUUGCAUUGAUUUUGCCUUGGCUCUGUGGUUGGUUCAGAAAACUCACGUCACUAAGCAAUCAGACGCAAAAUUAAAACUAAUCAUGACUUGCUCAAGUAGUUUAAGGCCUGGGUUUUAUUUUGGUUCGAGACCCCCAGCAGAGUUUCAAGCUAUUCAAUCGCAGAGUAGUAACAUGGCGGCCGAUUUUCGAUUAGUACGUUCACGGUUUCGAGGAAGUUAAGAUCGAUUUCUAGCCUAAAUUUUUCAGAAGACGCUGUUUUUUCGCAGAUGUCAGCUUAACAGUUGAGGUGAGUGUUGGUUUUGUGUUAUUUUCCAGAUAAUAGCAAUUUGCUGUAGCUGCGAAUUGACUAAUGCGUACACCAUAAAUUAAGAGCGUUCAUGGAAAACGCAUUUUUUUUGGUUUAUUAAAUUAGGUACUAAAUUUUUCUGGUAUGUUUUGGAAAGUUUCAUUCUCAUCAGUAUGGGAUGAGCUUAAAAUUUUUAAACCUCGGUGUGUAACCUUUCCGUUAACGUAGAUCACGUUUGUUUAUCAGAUUAAAAACCGUGGAACUUUCUUCCCCAGUCAUAAAUUUAACUGUGAUCUGCAGCACAACACUUUUCUAGGCAACAUUACAAUGAGAGUACUUUGAGUCCUAUGAGCUUCAACAAAGGGAAUUUAUUAAUUAAGUUACGAUGCAUAUACGUUUCGAAUUAAUGAGGAAAAUUAAAGCUAUACUUAUGCAGUUGUGUUCUUACAUGUACAGCGAAAAAUAUAUUUUAGCUAAAUCGAUCACGAGAGAGUUGUCAAAAUGAGUUGUCGGUUUUAACCUUUGAUGACAAAGACUUAAGUUACAUUCCAAAGGUUAGUGAUAUGCCCAUGACAAAAAAUCAAAACAAUAUUUUUAAUCAUACUUGACAAUAUUGUUUAUUAUACUUUUUUGUUUACAGCAAAUUCUGUUGACAUCCAACAACACUGGAAUCUGUUGAAGUGUUAUGGGAUCUUAUGAAGAAUUAGAAUAAGCUGGAAGGUAUAUAUCCUGUGAUAAAUAUUAUUGAACAUAACUGACUGAAUGACCGUCAAGGAAAUGCUUAUAUGUGACUGUGACGGGAUUGGCUACAUAGGUGUCAUCUAAUUAUCAAGAGAUGGCACCUGAAGCUGGUUGAUGUUUUGAGGUGGUUUAAAUUUGUCCUUUCUGAAUUUUCUACAAUGAAAACACUUAUUUUUUUCUUGUUUGAGCUUGCCUUCUGAUCAGUAACUGCAAGUUAUAUUACUGAUUAAGAAAGACUUUUAACUUGAUUAUGAAACUGAGUUAGAUGGUUUCUAAAGAUCUUUUUACCCAUAUGAGAGGGGUGUACAUGUAUUCCCUGAGUAUUUGUUAGUGAACUGAGUGACAUAGUAAUAUCUUUGGGCACCAUGUUUAACUUGCUGGUCUGUAGAACAACCUUGAACUUGCUCAUUUGUUUUUCAAAUACAUCAGUGUCUACUCCCUGAGACUUUGAAUACUCUUUUAAAACCUGCCCAGCCUUGGUUGGUGGAACAAUUGCCCCUUGUCUACUAAUGGUACUCAUUGACAAUGACAUCCAGCAUCAGCUGCUAAAGGUCCCCAUCCAAUAUAUUGGGAACAGACAACCUCUGUUGUCACUUUGGUGUAUUGUUGACCCUUUCCUUUGCUUUAUUGAUGAAUUUGGAGCAUUCCAUUGUUCUUUGCCCUGCAAAUUAUAUGUGCUGAGCCAGGUGAAGGCCUACAUAAUUUUUCUUUUAAGAAUUUUCAACAUUCUUUAUUAAUUUAAUUUUUUCUUCACAAUUUUUUCUUUGCAUUAACAGGUGAUUCCUUCUUUGUUAACCCAGCCUCAGGAACCAUGGAUAUUACUUCGCCAAAGGACUUUACCAAUCGCUCCUUACAUACUUUGUCAAAUUCAUGGUAGAUUACUGUCCCAAAGUUUUUCACCUCUUUCUGUGUUUUUUUGGGAAGUUUUUUCGCCAGUCAGUUCUUUUGCUUGACUGUUAACAUCUGUAAAUGGCUCCCUUUUGCUCAUCACACAGCAUGUAUUUUUUUUGUAUAGGCUACUUUCUACUGUUGUUAAAAUAAAGCAGUAACACCAUGCAGGGGUGAUUUACCCGGGCAGUUUGCUGCCAGCUUUCAAUAGAAAAAGUUUUUAGCUACAUCCUCUAUUUUUUGAUGGUGAACACUGUGAAAUUUAGUGAUCAGUGGCCAUAUAAUUCUUGAGAAAAAAGCAUCAAUGAUAGGAAUUUUUGUUUGUAGUUGAUGCUGCUUUUUCCUAUUUGUAAGUAUUUGGAAACCUUCAAAAGAUUUGUAGAGGAAAGAAUACUUUCACUGACAUGUUGAUGAGGAUAUUCAUUGAAAUUUCCUCAUACAACCGAUACCUCUUUUCCAGAUGCCAGCUUAUGUAUGCCUUUUCAGACUCAUUAUCGUAUCUUGUUAUUAUUUCUUAUUCUCUUUCCUUUUGAUUUUGUUGUACUUUUUGAAACUUGUCAGCAUGAAAAUUUGUGCAAUGUGAGCAUGCAAAUUAUUUCUCCAUCAAAAUGGGUUGAAGGGAAGAAUCUGAUUUUAAAGUUCCUUGUUUGUCACCUUUUUUUUUUAUUAAUGCUAGCCUAAAUAAGACUAAAUAUUACUUAAAAAAUGGUUUUUGUAAGUUCAAAGUGCAGGAGUGUUAUGUUAAAGCACCAAUACCAGAAGUAAUUUUUCCCCUCCCCGUCCUUUUGCGGCUUAACAUUGUUACUUGUUGGUAAACUGAUUUCGCAGCCAAGGCAAGAGAAGCAUUUGGGAAUUUUUAUUUAAAAGCUGUCGUAUAUUUCACUCCAUAGGAAACCAUAAGCCAUACAAUGCGUUCCACGCGUUGAAAUUGCAUAAAAAACAAUAAAUACAAAAAACCCAAAUUAUUAACCAUCACUGAAGUAUUUCAGUAUUCCUAGAAUUACAAGAAUCACAAACAUACUGUUCUAGAACACUAAAUAGUAUAUAAGUCAGUGUUUUAGGCAGUACCACUUUUCGCCGCAGUGAUUGUCCUGCGACCGACGCUGACAACCAUAUUCGAUUUGCGCCUUCGUAAUCAGCGGUUUAGUGUAAUAGUCGGUUCGUCAUUAUGUAUUAUUAUCGAAAGUAAACAAAAUGGCAGCAUUUUUCGUAGCCCCAAAAGGGUUAAUUAUAACGCUCCCGCCGGUGCCGAAGUUUUCGUUUCACGCAAUAAUUUCUUGAAAAAUGGAAGAAGGUAUUGAUAAACUUUGUCUUCACGUUCGAAAUGAUGUGUUAAGUACAGUUGAUAACAAACAAAAUGCUAUUAAGUUUACGAAAGUUUUUUCGCAGCUCUUAAAAAAUCUUAAUUCCCUUUUGAAGGAACGAAGGAAGUUCAUUCCAAACGUAGAUGGCUAGAAAUUUUUACUGAGUAUUUGUUUCAUUCAUUGAUCAGUGAAGAGUGUGUGUAAAUCUUACCAAUUCCGAUAAAAACUGAUUGAGUAGCGUUUUGAUCACGUGACCCGACACGUGACUUUCGUCGUCGGUAUUGUUGCUAUAAGGUAAAAGUUCUUACGGAAAACUAUCUUUCACGAAAGUUUGAGCGCAAUCGGCUGUGUAUUUGCGGAGAUAUAGCUCUUUAUUUUCUUAGGGCGACUUACUAUCUUGACCCAGGCCCUAAACUACUUGAAUGGUCGCCCUGGUUUUCCCGUGCUUUAGGCACUCUAGUUGUUUUACCUUAAUCUAUAGCUGCCUCUUCCAAGUGUUUUUCUUUUUUUCUGAUUACUUGGUCGGUUCUGGUUUUAAAAUACUCGGUCAAAAAACGCUCUACUCUCCUAUUCAAUUCACUACAUACUCUUAAAUUGAUAAUUGCCUGGGUCUGAACUCAUUGCCUCCCUCUUUUUUCUCUAAGAUCUACUUCACUAUAGUGGUGUAUUCGUACAUCGAAGCCCUUCGUGAAGAUCCUUCGGGAACGAGUGCAGGAUUUUCUCCCCCUCUGACAGGCGGUAACCAAAGCCAGAUGGUAAUUACAUUUCCAUUGUUGUAAUGCUACAUGACCUUCAAAGUCAAAUUCGCUAUGAACAUUUUUGUGUUACAGAGCAAAAGUACGCUACUAUAGCAGAUUGAAUAGCAUUCCAUUUAAGGGCAAAAGAGGACGCUCUUCAAAUGCUAAAGCUAUUAAUAUUGGUAACGAGAGCAAGUGAAGUCCAGUUCGGUCUGCAAUCAUACAGGUGAUUAAGAAAAUCGGACGACCGCUAAGCUAUCAAUCUCGUGAUUUGUCAGUCACGAAUAUAUUUAUAGACAGAAUUGGACAUCACAAAGUCCUUUUACCCAUAAAUCAUAACCAUUACAAUUUCGGGAAAAAACCCAAUACAUCUAGGACAAACAUCUCCGCUAGAGAAGAUGUCUUAAUUUUAAAAAAUUCCUCCAUUUGGGAAAUUCCCCAGUUUUUUUUUCUCUUUUAUUCAGGAUGAGUAGUUGUUGCUAUUGUUAUUGUUAUCAAUUCUGUGAUUGGUGGAUUUAGCUGAGUGGACUUAGUAUAACUGGAAAAUUACAGCCGGCUGUCCGAUUACACCGUUCGAUUACAACGGUACAGAAUGAUUAGUGAAAAAUAAAUCAGCUAAUGCAGCACUCACAUUUGAGGAAAUUGUAACGGUUGUGAUUAGGGCUGGAAUAAGGUACAUUAGUGUGACUCUGGUGUGUCACUUACAAUCUGCAAUACUUGAACCCCAUAGCAUCAGUUCUCUUCCCUAAAGGUAAUGUAUAUUUUAAUACAUGACGCUGAAAAUCCAUCUUAGCUUAGGUAUCCUAACAGCAUUUCCAUCUCAGCGUAUCCAGACUGAUAUUUCGACUCGAGAAUUCUGUUAUCCGAACGAUUGCCUUUCCCGCGAAUCAAUUUUUAGCUGUGUAAUGGCUAGGUUCAAACUGCUCACUUCUACUCUGCCUCUAAGUUUAACUUGAACUGCGCUUUCUGAAUGGUCAACUGGUUUAACUGCGAGUGAAUAAGACUUUUUUCAGCAAUUAACGAUCCAUUUCAAGAGAUUCUAAACUAUAUUCUCUCGUCCACUUAUUCUACUUGGGAAUGAAAUUUAAGUAACCCAACGACCACAUUGUAACCUGCGAGAAAGAAACAAAGCCCGUUAGAGUUGGAGCCAGUCAGCAAGGCGAGCACGCGAAAGGACUAUUAGGGUAUUGUUCGGGAACCUCUCUCGCGCGCGCUCACAUCGCUCCCUGGCUCGAAAGGUGCAGUCCUCGCCUCUCGUGUCACACUGCCAAUGAGAGCACGCUCGCAAGCUAACCACACAUAUAUAUACAUAUCAAAAUUUAUUUUUUCCCAUUUAUACCAGAAGAAGAUUAAGCGAGCCAAGUUGUAAUGAUUUAUUGAGGAAGUUUUUUUUUCUCCAUUUUUCUUCUUUGUUUUUAUUAUUUCACAGGCUUGGAUGCCACCCCCUCCAUACGCAGUAUCCCAGAGGGGCACUGUGUAAAUUCAGGAGAACAUUGUGACUGCCCUAAGAGAUUACUGAUCAUCGUUUUAAUAUGGGCAUGAAACUGUUAGAGAGGCUGACUAACUUUAACUGAGUAUAACUGUAGAGAAUAUUUUAUUCUGAUUGAAAGCGAGUAGGAUUAAGAGGUGGGUCAGAGGAAUUUGGUUGAGUCACAAUAAAAUUUAACUGAUCCUCCAUAUGCACUGUAUUAUUCUGAUGACCCCAUUCCCAGGUUGCAGUCAAUUUUCUAUAGUCUCAGCCCCAGAAUAAACUGUAAUUUAGUGUUAACAACUGAAUUGAAAACGUAAAUUAGCCACCGUAAAGAGUAAAAAAGCUGAAGUUUCGAGCGUUAACCCUUCGUCAGAGCGAUUGGAGGAAUUGUGGGUUGUGUGUGGGUUUAUAUGCAGAAAGUGGGAAAUAUACCUGGGAAAUUUCCGACACUUCUUUGGCUUUUCCGGACAUCAAAAUUUCAAUUGAAGGCAACGGCUUAUGUACUAGUGUUUACUAUAAACCUAC